AUGCCCGACCUCUUUGUCGAUCUUGUCGCCCCGAACGGCACCCGCUACACCCAGCCCACGGGCCUCUUCAUCAACAAUGAGUUUAUCGCGUCCAGUGGGCAGACCAUCACCUCGCUUGACCCCGCCACCGACGAGCCCAUUGCCACCGUCCACGCAGCCAGCCCAGAAGAUGUCGAUCGCGCCGUGAACGCCGCCAAAGCCGCCCUCGCGCACCCAUCGUGGAAGAAGCUCCCUGCGACCGACCGGGGCCAGCUCAUGGGCCGACUGGCCGAUCUCAUGGAGCAGAACAGGGAGUUGUUCGCAACAAUCGACGCCUGGGAUAACGGCAAACCGUACCAUGUUGCGCUGAGUGAGGACCUGGUCGAAGCGAUCGGGACGAUUCGGUACUACAGCGGCUGGGCCGACAAGACGUUCGGACAGACCAUCAGCACAACGCCUGAGAAGUUCGCGUAUACUAUCCGGCAACCGGUUGGCGUUGUUGGGCAGAUCAUCCCGUGGAACUACCCUUUGUCCAUGGCCUGCUGGAAGCUAGGGCCCGCUCUGGCUUGCGGCAAUACAGUUGUCCUCAAGCCAGCGGAACAAACACCGUUAAGCGCGCUUAUACUGGGAAAGCUGAUAAAGGAGGCUGGAUUCCCACCGGGCGUCGUGAAUAUCGUCAAUGGGUACGGUCGGGAGGCUGGCGCAGCUCUGGCAGGUCACCCCCUUGUCAACAAGAUCGCGUUUACAGGGUCCACCAUGACAGCCCGCGAAAUCAUGAAGCUGGCCGCGGGCACGCUGAAGAACAUCACCCUUGAGACCGGCGGCAAAUCGCCUCUACUUGUCUUCCCCGACGCCGACCUAGAGCAAGCCGUCAAGUGGUCGCACUUCGGCAUCAUGUCCAACCAGGGCCAGAUCUGCACCGCCACGUCCCGGAUCUACGUCCACCACGACAUCUUCCAGUCCUUCCUAUCCAAGUUUAAAGAAGCCGUCGAGACGACAUCCAAGAUCGGCAACCAAUGGGACGAGACAACCUUCCAGGGCCCACAGGUGACGCGCGCCCAGUACGACCGGAUCCUCUCGUACAUCGAAUCCGCAAAGAAAGACGGCGUGGAGGUCGUCACCGGCGGCUCAGCACACACGCCUUCAAGCGCGAAGAACAAGAACGGCUACUUCAUCCAGCCGACCGUGUUCACCGGCUCGAGCGAUACCCACGCCAUCGUCCGCGAAGAGGUCUUCGGCCCCGUGGUUGUGAUCCUCCCAUUCGCUAGCGAAGACGAGGCCAUCCAGCGCGCGAACAACACGACAUACGGUCUCGGCGCGGCGGUGUUCACGCGCGAUUUGGAACGCGCACAUCGCGUUGCGGCGGAGAUCGAGGCCGGCAUGGUCUGGGUUAAUAGCAGCCAGGACUGCGAUCCGCGCGUGCCGUUUGGGGGCGUCAAACAGAGUGGGAUUGGGCGGGAGCUGGGCGAGGCCGGGCUGGAGGCUUAUACGCAGGUUAAGGCUGUGCAUGUGAAUAUGGGGAAUAGGCUUUGA